CUGUGUGGGCAUUAUCAGAUUUUGGCAGGCAAGCCUGUCUUCAUAAACAUCUUCAUAAAAGGUGUUCACUGAGGUGCAGGAUGUACAGCUUUAUGGGCGGAGGGCUGUUCUGUGCCAGCGUGGGGAACAUCCACCUGAUCGUUUCCACAGCAACUGACUACUGGAUGCAGUAUCGACAGACCAGCAACUACAUGCACCAGGGUCUGUGGCGCUACUGCACGCAGGGGAAAUGUUUCCCUCACAAUGACAGUAUCGCCCACUUAGAAGCCACCCGUGUCCUCAUGAUCCUGUCACUAUUGGCCUGCUUCAUUGGUAUCACUAUUGGCAUUAUGGCCUUCAUCCACUACUCCUCCUUUGACAGAUUUGACAAAACCUUCCCUGCAGGCAUUUUGUUUUUCAUCUCAUGCUUUUUAGUGUUUCUAGCAAUGGCGGUUUACACGGGUGUAACGAUUCAUUACUACGGGAAACGCUAUGGAAACUGGAGGUUCUCCUGGUCCUACAUCAUUGGCUGGGUGUCUAUGGUGCUCACCUUCUUCUCAGGAGUAUUCUAUUUGUGCGCCUAUCGGAUGCACGAGUGCCCCAGGAACACAUCCUCUCAUUAAAGACUGAAAAAUCAUCACUGAUGUAAGAUAUGAACUGCGAUCAUGAGAGCUGCACUAAAGACGACUGCCGAGUCUCACCUUCGACAGGGACCCAACAUUUUCCUCUGUAAUGUUAAAAACCAGAGUUUAAGUGAUUUGAAUAAAAAGAAAAUGAAAAUCA